GUCGUCGCAGUCGUCCUCGUCGCGGCUGAGUUGCGGAAGUGCAGGAUAUCGUCUGACGGAAGGCAAAUUGUGCAGAGAGCCGCUGCUGCUCUCGCUCGCUGAGUCUCGAAGUCUCUUUUUCUGUCUCUGCCCUUCCUUCUCUGCGUUUGGACUUUCCAGUGAAGUGUACGGUAAACGGUUACGCGGAGACGGAAGGACGGAAGGACGGAAGGACAGGACAGGACAGGACAGGACGGAACACGCGCGCGGGACAAGGGAUAAACUGUUGUUUUGAGUGUUGGAGUCUAAAAAGAGCUAGGAUUAGAAAAUCUAGAAAUUGAUUAGAAAUUGCAAGCCAAUUGAGAUAAAGACUUAAGAGGAACGAUUGCCAGCAACUUGACAGCAUAGAUUUUUUUUCGUUUUCGUGAAAUUAGACGACUUCUCAAGAAUUAGAAGCCGAUAAGAGGCUUGAUUCGGAGGGGGUGAAACGACUGUGAACCAAGGAGCCAAUUUUUAAGAACAGCUCAUCACAAACGACUUUGCUUAUGUGGUGGUGAAAGUCGUUAGAAUAUUUACGGAAAAUAAAAUUGAAGUAGAUAUAAAUAAAUUAAAAAUAGUAACUUAAGAUGUCUGGCUAUCGAAGUAGUCAAAGUAGUAAUCAAGGCCCACCUGGUCUCAAACAAAUUGAUCUCGAUCAAAUAUGGGGAGAUCUCAGAGAAGGGAUUGAACAAGUAUACAAUAGACAAGGCAUGUCAAAGCCUAGAUACAUCGAAUUGUAUACACAUGUUUACAACUACUGCACAAGUGUACACCAGCAAAUGAAUUCUAGGCAAUCUUCAAAAAGUAAAAAAGGUCAAAUAACUGGUGGUGCACAAUUGGUAGGUUUGGAACUUUACAAACGGUUACGUGAUUUUCUUCGAAAUUAUCUUAUUACAUUACUUAAGCAAGGAAUUGAUUUGAUGGAUGAGGAUGUUCUUCAAUUUUAUACAAGACAAUGGGAGGAGUAUCAGUUUAGUAGUAAAGUAUUAAAUGGUGUAUGUGCGUAUUUAAAUCGCCAUUGGGUACGUCGAGAAUGUGAAGAGGGACGUAAAGGAAUUUAUGAAAUCUAUCAGUUAGCUCUGGUUACUUGGAGGGACAAUUUAUUCAAGCAUUUAAACAGACAGGUUACUAAUGCUGUUUUAAAAUUAAUUGAACGAGAAAGAAAUGGAGAAACAAUAAAUACACGUUUAGUUAGUGGUGUUAUAAAUUGUUACGUAGAACUAGGUUUAAACGAAGAAGAUCCAGGUGCUAAGGGACAAACUUUAACUGUGUAUAAAGAAUCAUUUGAAAAUUUGUUUCUUGAAGAUACUGAAAGGUUCUAUACCCGUGAAAGUUCAGAAUUUCUACGACACAAUCCUGUCACAGAGUAUAUGAAAAAAGUAGAACAGAGGUUACAAGAAGAACAAAAGCGAGUUCAAGUUUACCUACAUCAAACGACACAUGAAAGAUUAGCAAAAACUUGUGAAAGAGUACUAAUAGAAAAACAUCUUGAUAUUUUUCACGCAGAAUUUCAAAAUUUACUAGAUUCAGAUAAAAAUGUUGAUUUGGGCAGAAUGUAUCAAUUAGUGGCGAGAAUAACAAAUGGGCUUGGUGAAUUAAGAAAUCUUCUAGAAAUUCAUAUAGCCAACCAAGGUCUUGCAGCUAUAGAUAAAUGUGGUGAUUCUGCGGCUAAUGAUCCUAAAAUUUAUGUUAAUACAAUUUUGGAAGUUCACAAAAAAUAUAAUGCUUUAGUAUUGAUUGCAUUUAACAAUGACAGUGGUUUUGUAGCAGCCUUAGAUAAAGCUUGUGGACGAUUUAUUAACACUAAUUCUGUAACUAAAGCAGCGAAUAGUAGUAGUAAAUCACCAGAAUUAUUAGCAAAGUAUUGUGAUGUCUUGCUCAAAAAAAGCAGUAAAAAUCCUGAAGAAGCAGAACUUGAAGAUACACUUAACCAAGUUAUGGUAGUAUUUAAAUAUAUAGAAGACAAAGACGUGUACCAAAAAUUUUAUAGCAAAAUGCUUGCAAAGAGAUUGGUUCAACACAUGUCUGCUAGCGAUGACGCUGAGGCUUCCAUGAUUUCGAAACUAAAGCAGGCUUGUGGUUUCGAGUACACUUCUAAACUUCAAAGAAUGUUUCAGGAUAUUGGAGUUUCAAAAGAUUUAAAUGAACAUUUUCGAAGACAUCUUACAAAUUCAGCCGAACCUUUAGAUAUAGAUUUUAGUAUACAAGUUUUAUCAUCCGGUUCAUGGCCAUUCCAGCAAUCAUUCACUUUUUCUUUACCAACCGAGUUAGAAAGAUCCGUUCACAGAUUCACAACUUUCUACAGCUCACAACACAGUGGAAGAAAGUUAAAUUGGUUGUACAAUAUGUCUAAGGGUGAACUUCAUACUAAUUGUUUUAAAAAUCGAUACACGCUGCAAGCGUCAACUUAUCAAAUGGCAGUUUUGUUACAAUAUAAUACUUCAACAUCUUGGACAAUACAACAGUUACAUGAAUCUACUCAAAUAAAAAUGGAUUUUCUAUUACAAGUAAUACAAAUAUUAUUGAAAGCAAAAUUGCUUAUAACCAAUGAUGAUGAAUCUGAAUUAGGAUCAUCAUCGACAAUAGAACUUUUUACAGGAUACAAAAAUAAAAAAUUAAGAGUAAAUAUUAAUAUACCAAUGAAAACAGAGCUUAAAAUUGAACAAGAAACGACACAUAAACACAUAGAGGAAGAUAGAAAAUUACUUAUACAAGCAGCCAUUGUAAGGAUUAUGAAAAUGCGGAAAGUUUUAAAACAUCAACAGCUUGUUGCAGAAGUUUUGAAUCAAUUAAGUUCCAGGUUUAAGCCACGAGUGCACGUUAUUAAAAAAUGUAUAGAUAUUUUAAUUGAAAAAGAGUAUUUGGAACGUACAGAGGGUCAGAAGGAUACAUACAGUUAUCUAGCGUGAUCUCCUGAUCUGAAAAUGCGAUAUAAAAAUCGUAAAUAUGAAGCAAAGAUGAUUAUACUCUACAGUUGUUAUACACGCGUCUCUAAAUAUUUAUUUACAUAGCUGAUUUGAUUUCCUUUCCAAGGAUGCCUUUGUGCCGUGUUAUCCCUCUGGUCGCAUUUAGAACUGGUUUUAUAAUACGUUAUAAUAAAAUUACUUCAUAGUCACGUCGUUAGGUGCGUUAAAUUUUGUUCGUGAUGCACAACUAGCGAUCUCCAGAUACGUAUUCAUAACUAAUCUAAUCAAACUUCUGAAUUACAUAUUUUAUAUUGCAAUUUAACAAUAUUUUUAUUAUUAUCG